AUGGUGCAAGAUCACACCGAUGAUGAUGACGAAAGUGUCCAGUCAGACUCGUAUGACGACAUCGGAAUCACAAGCGGCAAUGGUCUCUCACAGCCUACGAACGCGCGCAUUCAAGCCUCGAAGACUUUCCGUCUGAGAGGACCCAUGAUCACGCUCGUGAUCGGACCAGCGCAUGAGGCCGUGUCGAUCCAAGUCCAUCAAGAUAUCCUUACAAGAACUUCUGAAUUCUUCGCCCGAGCCCUGAAGCCUGAAUGGGCGGCCAUGCGGGAGAGGCCGGAUCAUAUUGAGCUACCCGCUUACACAGUAAAAGAUGUUGAAACCUACGCACACUGGUUGUACUCUGGAAAAGUGCCAGCCAGGUGCUUCGAUCUCUGUCGAACCUUCCAUGAUCAAGAGGAGAACAAUCCAGUUUGGAUCGACCUUGCGACCGCAUACGUGUUUGGUGAGCAGAUACUGGACCGACAUUACCAGCAGACUGUUCUCAACACCAUGGCUGGUAUUCAAAACGAUAGUUAG